GCUGUCAUGUGAUAGAAACCCUUCGCUGAAGGGAAACAAGAAAACCCAGGGAGGAGUUUGUUGCAUUUCUUAAUUAUAGAACGGAAUUAAUUUUUUAUACUUCUAAACCUGGCGGAUAGAAAAGCUGGAUAUUGAACUCGGUUUGCUUGGCAGAGAGCCGAGAAGUCCCAGCGGAUAUAAUGGGUUGCUGUUACAGCAGCGAGACCGAGGCCUCGGAGCAGGAUCGGGAUGAAAGGAAACCACUGAUCCCCCAUCCCAAUCCGGACAGCAAACCGGCAAAUGGCACUGAGCGGAAUCCAGCGAACCUCUCCUCUGCAAGGACCGAUGAGCAGGCUCUCCUGUCAUCGAUCCUCACCAAGACAGCACUGAAUAUAAUCGACGUGUCUGCAGCAGACUCUCAAGGAAUGGAGCAGCACGAGUAUAUGGAUAAAGCUCGGCAAUACAGUACAAAACUGGCAGUUCUGAGUAACACCUUGUCACAGAAGAAGCCCACCCCUCUUCCUUCACUUACGAGCCAGCCACAUCAAGUGCUUGCAAGUGAGCUUGUGCCAUAUUCGGAUGUACAACAGGUUUCGAAGAUAGCUGCUUAUGCAUACAGUGCAAUUUCACAGAUCAAGGUGGAUGCAAAAGAAGAACUGGUCGUGCAGUUUGCGAUUCCCUGAUGUGUGUUGUUGCCCACUGCUCCCUUUUCUCUUUCUGUCUCUCUCGUACAUUUUUUUCUCUCUGCAUCUGCCAUCCCUGUCUUGUCCCUCCAAGCUGCUAGCAGCGCCUCUGGCAGAGAUGCAUCAGCUGAGGGCUAACCAAGCUCCAGAACUGUAUAUCAACUCAUACCAAACAGAAUUUUUCGGAAAACCUGAAUCACCAAUCUGUCCCUACAAGCAUUUGAGGAAUUUUUAAAAGUGCAGGUGGUGUUAAGACUACAGUUUAGUUUUUUUUUUUUUAAUUAGAAAAGUGUUUUUUUUUUUGGGAGAGGGAUUGAGCGUGGUAAUAAACGUUCACUAUGUGAAGUUGGACAGGGGCUGUGUUGUCGAGCAGUCUCUGGAUCCUGUUGCUUGAGGAGUAGCUGGUGUGAGGGUGUGGCUGUGCAGUGGGGUUAAUGUUGUCACGUUAUACCCGCGCACGACAGCAGCUAAAGCCAGCUAUGGCCCACUGACUGAGGGUUCAGAGUCUCUGAAUGGUCCCUGUCACCCACAGAACAGUCUGAAAACACCACCAACACUACACAUUAGUCCUUGCAGAGGACUGGCUAGAAAGCAGAGAAUAGAGGUUCGAGCCAGGACCUUUGUGGGAAGCAUGGCCAGAAAAUUUCAGAAAGAGCCCACAGUGUCACAGAGAUUCACUUGCAGUCUACAGGCACUAAAUAUAAAAGGAACAGUAAAAACGGAAUCAGGUAACUAGUAAAUUAAACAAAUUGCUAAAAGUGAGUUAGGCAGUAGGGGGUAAGGUAUUACCUGAGUAAAAUACAUGAAUUGUAAUACUGAUGCUUUCAAUGUAUAGACUGUGAUACAAAAGCAGAACAUGAUGUCAGUAUGCCUCCCCCUAUCCAGAAAAGGUUGCUGAAGUGAAGCUGUUUGAAAUGGCAUAAGUAUCGGUAAUUCAUUGUCAUGAAUAAAUCAGGGAGCUACCGUACAAUGUGACAGUUGCAGCCCUAGGUUUUAUAAAAACAAAAUGAGUUUUAUCCAUUUUUCCCAUUUUUAAGAAAAAAAUAAAUAAUGGAGAUUGUGGUGACGUUAAAAAUACAUAACCUGAAUUUAAUAAUCCAUGUGUCCAUAUCUGGAAACAUUGAUGACCAGUGUACUUUGAAUAUAUUGCAGUUAAAUUGCCAGAUAAUACAAUUGUAUUUAUUUAUUUCUUUUUAAUGUAUUUAUGCUCACAUCUUUGUUCUGGUGCAAGUAGAUUUCUAGUGCAAGGGCAAGCACUUUGGGGGUUUUAAAGGGAUGUAUUGUAGGGCUGCAAAACAAGACAUUUCAUUUUUUUUGGCUUCUUGCUGUGUGCUAAUAUAUAUUUUUUUGGUCACAUACAAUGUAAUACUACCUGAAUUGUUAUUACAGUUACUUAGGCUAGCACCAAAAAGUUUAUUAAAAUAUUCUGUUAAUACCCAUUUUUUCAGUUUAAUUACAAUAUGCAUUAAAACUUUAAAAAAUAACAGUCUGUUGAUUUUUACAAGACGUGACAGUGUCUAACAGGUCUGGGGCUAAUCACACAAUAAACUGCGAUGACAUACAGGUUAUAUAUGAGGAAAAAUGGUUAUUCUAAUUACAAAUGCCUCAUGAAGGUGGCUUUUUGUUCUCAACAUGCUAGCUGUCUUUAACUGGGAACCAAGUUGUGACACUUACACUGAUUAAAGUAUUAAAUGAGACGCUUCCCUUAGCAUUGUAAAGAUAAGUUAUGUUAAAAAGGGAGAAAUGAAAAUAAAGUCAAAUGAAAGUACUACU